AUGAGCUACUUCCGAAUCACCCUCCUUCGUUCCGCUAUCGGUCUCCCUCGCCGUUCUACAGAUGUUCUCAAGGCGCUUGGCUUGAAAAAGCGCAUGGGCACAGUCUUCCAUCCCGUCUCUCAAUCUGUGGCGGGUCAGAUCAUGAAAGUUAAAGAGUUGGUUGAGGUGCGAGAGGUCGAUCGCUCAAUGACAAAGCAGGAGGUUUGGCUUGAGCGCAAGCCUGAUCCUGGAUACUAUGUUGAGAAGACAUGUGUGGAGGAACGCGGAGAGAUGGGCCGACAGUAG